AUGAUGGCAGACACGACGCACGCCACAAGCUCCUCCGGCGUCACGCGCGCUGAGCUGAUACGUACGCUAUCUGCCGACUCAAGACCGCCAACACGCAAGGACGAAAGUCAUGUCCUGGUGCAGCGAUCAGACACGAUCGCUACGCGUGGCAGCGACGGCGAACUGCUAGCUCACGAUGAACGCGAACAUCACGAUGAUCGUACAUAUCGCGUCUACAAACGCCGCUUCCUUGGCCUGGCUCAGCUUGUCCUGCUCAACAUUGUCAUUUCAUGGGACUGGCUGACGUUCGCUGCCAUCUCCAGCACAGCGGCGGAUUUCUUCCGGGUAUCGGAGAGCGCCAUUAACUGGCUCAGCACGGCCUUCCUGUUCGCAUUCGUAGCUGGUGCGCCUUUUACAAUCUACGUCCUGAAUCGUUACGGACCCAAGACUUCCAUCAUGGUCGCCAGUGCGCUGACGCUGAUCGGGAACUGGAUUCGAUAUGCCGGAACCAGAGCUGGCAAUGGCUACUUCGCCGUGGUCAUGUUCGGUCAGGUCUUGAUAGGUCUGGCACAGCCUUUCGUUCUCGCAGCCCCAACGAGAUAUAGCAACCUAUGGUUCAGCGACACGGGACGCAUCUCUGCAACAGCUGUUGCAUCUCUUGCGAAUCCUUUCGGAGGCGCCUUGGGUCAACUCAUUGGGCCCCUCUUCGUUGGCGAUCCUGCGCAAGUGCGCCUUGUCCCGAACAUGGUUCUCUAUACUGCCAUCAUCUCCAGUAUUGCAGCUCUGCCCGCACCCUUGAUGUCGUCGAAACCACCAACGCCGCCUUCUGCUACCGCUGCUCUUGAGAAGCUAGACCUUGGUCAAGCCUUUCGAGAGCUUCCUCGCAACGGGUCCUUCUUCCUCAUUCUGGUGCCCUUUUCUAUCUACGUGGGCUUGUUUAACGCUACCUCUAGCCUUAUUAACCAGAUCUUCGAGCCAUACGACUUCAGCGAGAUAGAUGCUGGUAUCGCAGGUGGUCUGCUGAUCAUUGUUGGCUUGAUAGCGUCAGCCGUGGUCUCGCCUACUAUCGAUCGCACGAAGAAGUAUCUGAUCACCAUCAAGAUACUGGUGCCAUGUAUUGCUCUUUGCUACAUACUUCUAAUCUUCAUGCCCGGAACUCGAUCUUUGCCUGGACCGUACAUAAUCUGCGCUUUGCUAGGUGCAACAUCGUUCAGCUUGUUACCCGUGGCACUGGAGCUCCUGAGUAUAGUCACCUUACCAGUCAGUCCAGAGGUGUCUUCGGUGAUCGCUUGGACUGGCGGCCAGAUCCUAGGAGCUCUCUUCAUCAUCAUCAUGGAUGCACUGGAAGCCUACGAUGGCUGGAACGGCGAGCCCAGAGAGACUAUGAUCAAAGGUCUGAUCUUCCAGGCUGUGAUUGCUUGCAUAGCUGUGCCUUUCGUACUGUUCCUGGGAACUGGUCGAUUUCGACGAAUUGCAUUUGACACCGACGGCACCUUGGCUGCACCAGCAUUGUGA